UCUGAAUAACGCGGGAAGAGCGUGCUGCGCAUGCGCCGCCUGAUGAUGACGACGAGGGCGGGGUGUCACCUGUGCGUGCGCGCGCCCCGUACGUCAGAUCCGAGGCGCACCGAGGAACGGAUCCGCGCGCGUUACCGGAGUAAUCCCGCGAUUCCGAGCCUCAGAAGAUCCGGGUCCUCGUCCCCGAGGGUCUGACGUCAUGCUCCGGUAGGAUCUGGAUUAUUGAUGAGGAUGAUGAUGGAGGAUCUGCCGGACUUCAGAGACGUGGAGAACAAACUGGGCCGGAAAGUUCCGGAGAGUUUGAUUCGUUCAUUCGCGGGCGAACCGUUCAGAGGCUCGGAAACCCGCGAGCGAACCGAUGAUCUACAGACGCUCCACAACAACAUCAGCUUCCUGCGACAACAGAUGGCUCAUCUGCGCGCCAUCGACGUGACACUGAUGCAUCAGCUGCUGUCAAUCAACGAGGGCAUCGAGUCGAUCCGCUGGGUGAUGGAGGAGCGAGGGGGCGGGGCCAGCGGCGAGGGCAGUGUGACGGACAGCUUGUGCAGCCUAUCAGACGGCGCGGAGUCUGAGCGCGGCUCCUGCAGCGACGGGCUGGACGGGAUCUCGCUGGGCAGUUAUCUGGACACGCUCGGGGACGAGGAGCCCGACCGCCGCUCGCCCGCUAGCCUCUCAGACGGCCUCAGACCCCCCGCGGACCAGGAGACGCUCGGCAAGCCUCUGCUGCGGCCUCGCGUGGAAACCGACGAGUACUACUGCUUCGGAUAAUGCUAAUUAUCCAAAGACUUCCGACGGCGAUCCAGAGGGAGAGCUACACUCUCACCAAUCGUUUUGGGAAAUUCUUCUUGUUAAUCGGCUGUGACUGAUUUAGCCCACACUUCUUGUUCUAAAGCUUUUUUUCUGCAAGUCAUCGAUGUUUGGGUUUGACUUUCUAAACGUUUCUUAAAGGGGUCAUCGGAUGCCCAUUUACCACAAGUUGAUAU